UUUUUCCUAUCAUUAAUCCAUCCCCCUUGCUUGGCUAGCUCUUUCCAUGAAAACGUCUCACACAAUUAAAACCAAAUAAACAAACCACCGACCCAAUCAUCAAAACACAACACCAAAGAAUCUUUCUAGCCUUCUUCGAAAUCUCAUUUUCCAAAAAUUUGCAUAUCAAAAUCAUCACCCCAAAAUAAAAUCACAAAAAUCAGUUCCAUUCCUAUAAUCGAUCCCAUAUAGAAAUAUAUAUAUACAUCAUACAAUAUAUCAAUCAAAUGGUUAUGGCUCAACUCCAAACCAACCAAGUCAAACAACUCCAAGACAUAUUCAAACGUUUCGACAUGAAUUCAGAUGGCAGUCUGACCCAUCUGGAGCUAGCAGCCCUCUUACGUUCUAUCGGUUUAAAACCGCAAGGCGAUCAAAUCCAUGCUUUACUAACGAGAAUAGACUCAAAUGGUAAUGGGUCAGUGGAAUUCGAAGAACUACUAAAUGCCAUAUUGCCUGAUUUAAAUGAAGAAGUACUAAUAAACCAUGAUCAACUGAUGGAAGUUUUUAGAUCGUUUGAUAAAGAUGGGAAUGGCUAUAUAACUGCAGCUGAACUUGCUGGACAAAUGGCGAAAAUGGGUCAACCUUUGUCGUAUAAAGAGUUGACGGAAAUGAUGAGAGAAGCUGAUGCUAAUGGCGAUGGUGUUAUUAGCUUUAGUGAAUUUACCGCUAUUUUGGGUAAAUCUGCUGCUGACCUUUUCAGCGUCACGGCGGCUUAAGAAAUUUUAGGCCGUUGUUUCUUCUUCUGGAUUAUUAUGUGAAAUGGGUUUGACUUUGACUAAUUCUCGUUUACUUUUUGAGUUUUUGUCUUUUUCUCUUUUUAAAUAUAUACAUUCUUAAUGUUUAGUUGGUUAGUUAUUCAGGAAUUCUCGUUUAGUCUUAGAUAUACGUCUCUGUAAUCAGUUGAACUAAUGUAAGUGAAUAAUUUGAAAUAAAUAUGAUGUAUGAAACAAA